CGCCGGAAGGAGGCUCGCUGGCCAUGCCAAAGUUACGUAAACCUCAAGGAGGGAAGCAAGAGAAAAAAGUUAUCCAUCCCUACAGCAGAAAAGCUGCACAGCUUGCGAGGGAUGUACACAAACAGGAGAAGAAAGAAAAGUUGAAGACUGACAAAGCUUUGCGUUUAAGCAUUAUUGGAGAAAAACUGCAAUGGUUUCAAAGUCACCUUGACCCCAGUAAAAUUGAGUACACAAAGAAGGAAGCUGGUGAACUAAUUGAAAAUUAUAUGUGUCGAUUCAAUGCUGAAUUGGAGCAGAUUGAAUUACAAAACAGCAUUAAAGGCAGACAAGGAAUACAGCACGCUUCAAGGGAAGCUGUCAUCAAGCAGACAAUAGAACGUGAAAGACAACUCUAUGAGGGUUAUGGAAUAGAAAUCCCAGACAUUAUGAACAGAAAGCAUCUUAAAUUUUUCAGAGAGUGGGAUGGUGAUCUGAGGAAACUGCCAAACAUCAAAAUGAAAAAGCUCUCAGUUAGGGAUGCUGCCUUCAGUCACCUUGUGGUGACAGAUGCAGAAGCAAAAGAAGACUUGAAUGAAGAGGAAGAUGUGGGCCCUGAUGAGCAGCAGCCGAUUCAAGAGCUGAAACAGUAAAGGGAAUUGUUAGAAACCUAUUUUAGUUUUCACUGGAAAAAAAAAUAAAAUUUAACUAUAUUUCUAAAA